UGUCCGCGGGCGAGCGAGGAGACGGGAGUUGUGUCACUGCCGGAGCCCAGUCGGGGGCUGAGCCGCUGGGCGAGGCUGCGCUCCGCUCUCGCUCCCGGCGCGGCGGAAGGCGGCCGGGUGGCGCAGCCUCGCUCUCCCUGCGAGCCCGCGGCUGCGGCGGGACCCGACCAGCGGCGGGAGAUGGUAGCAUUAGUCAUUAUAAAAAGCCUUGGAAGAGGAUCUCCUGAAAACCAGAAUAAGAGCAGCAGUGAAUAAAGACUAAAGCAUCCUGUGUCAGCACCUGCAGUAAGGAUCCCAAGAGGCUGGACUCUGGACAGAAGAGCUGCCAACAGGUGUGCAGUGACAUUUCAGAACCAGAAGUGCAAGCAGGAGAUGCUGUGAGAGCAAGGCAAAGCAUUUAAGCUGACAUUCAGACUGAAAAGCUUUUUCAUCAGCCUUUUCAUACGAGCAUUCUUAUCAGAAUAGAUGGCAGAAGUCAGUUCUGCAAACAUCAAGGAGAAGAUCAGUGCAGUCCGAUCAGUUGUUCCUAACAAAAGCAAUAAUGAAAUAGUUCUGGUGCUGCAGCAGUUUGAUAACAAUGUAGACAAAGCAGUUCAAGCUUUUAUGGAUGGUAGUGCAGCUCAGGUUCUAAAAGAAUGGAAUAUGACAGGGAAAAAAAAGAACAAUAAAAGAAAAAGAAGCAAAUCUAAACAGUAUCAAGGCAAUAAAGAUGCUAAAGAUAAAGAUAAUGGAACUGAAAAGGUAUCUCUAGAGCCCCAUGGGAUAUAUGGCUGCCAUUUGAAUGGAUGUGAUAAAGAUAACUCUUCAAGUGACUCUGCCAAUGAGAAAUCAGAAAUGAUGUCUCAUGAGGACAAAAACCCAGGAUUUGCAGAUGUAAUGCAGAUGCAUCCAGAAAUUGCAGACAAAGGACUAGAGCAUAAAAGAGUAGGAGUGGAUUUAAACCACAAGUCUAUAAAUGGAACAGAACAGUGUGAUACUUUUCAAUCAUCAGUUCAACCUCACCAUAAUCUAGGCAGGCCAAAGUCAAAAGCAUCCAUAGUUAAGUCAUCAAACCCAGCAGCCCAUCUUGAAAAAAAAGCAGAUGAUUCAAUCAAGAAAAGAGGUCCAAACAUUGAAAAAUCAGUUAAAGAUUUGCAGCGUUGCACUGUUUCUCUAACCAGAUACCGCUUGAUGAUCAAAGAGGAGGUAGAUAAUUCAGUGAAGAAGAUCAAAGCUGCUUUUGCUGAUUUACACAGUUGCAUCAUAGACAAAGAAGUGUCAUUAAUGGCAGAAAUUGAUAAAGUUAAAGAAGAAGCCAUGGAAAUCUUGAAUGCUCGUCAGAAAAAAGCUGAAGAGCUGAAAAGACUGACAGACCUAGCAAGUCAGAUGGCUGAGGCACAACUAUCUGAACUACGGGCUGAAAUUAAGCACUUUGUGAGUGAACGCAAAUAUGAUGAAGAACUGGGUAGGUCUGCCCGAUUCACCUGUGACAUAGAACAGCUGAAGACCCAAAUUCAGCAAUGCGGAGAAAUUUCUCACCCAAAGAACAAUUACUCUUCGAGAACACCAUGCAGUUCGGUAUUGUUUUCUGUGACUUCAAAUCUGUCAGCUGGCAAGCAAAAUACACAUCCCCGAAAAGCCUCUAGUAAUAUGAAGAACUCUGAAAGUAAAACAGGAAGCACUAAAAUGCCAAUUUAUGUUCCUUCCAAUCCCACAGAACCCACUACCCAAGUAAUCCCAAUGAAUAAACAGACUGGGCCCUUUAUCCAGCGACGAAGAUUCAACCCACAGCAUCAAAGCUUCCGACUUAAUGGGUCUGGCAAAUCACAAAGUACCAAUGAGACAGAUCAGAAUAAUAUAAAAAGCAGCUCCAGAUCUGAACACAGAAGACAGCAGCAUAAUAAUUUCAGACCCAAAAACAAAGGAGCUACAAAAAACCAAGACCAAUCUGCAGCUACAAGGACCACAGAGCAUCUUACACACUCAGAAAAGACCCGACGAAAGCAUCAUACGCCAGACAGCACAGAACCCAGGUCUUUCCGAAACAGCGUUGCUAGGGUCUCUCAAUGCAAUUUAUGUCCUGCAAGGAUAGAGGUCUCUGCUGAUCCCACUGUCCUUUCAGUGCCAGCUGUGACUUUGGUGGCUUAAAUUCUCACAAUGGAGAGAGAGGGAGCAAGUUAAUCUCUUCAGUUUCUCAGUCAAGGUGCUUGUUGAAAUACUGACAAAAAAUUGUCUGUCAGAACAUACAAUCAGUUGAAAUCAGUUGCUAUUUGAAACCUGCUAGUAUUUUUAUUCAUUCUAAUUAUGAGCAGUAACUCACUUCAUACUUUUAAAGCUUUGCACAAUAUGCUCAAAGUUAUUUUGUCAUGGCAAUGCAGAAUUUUAGCCAGGCAGCAUUUACUACUUACUUAUAAAAAUAAAAUCUAGAUUGAAAAAAUAAAGUGAAGACCAAAUGCACAGUAGCCUGAUGCCUGUUAUAGAUAUGUGGUUGUACAAGUCCACUUGUUGUUUUUAGAGCAGCUAAUAUUAGGAAAGAUACCAGGAACUUCGUACAUGAUGGUCUGCAAUGAAAUUGGAUGCUCUUGUAGAUUUUAUCCUGAAAAAUUUCUAUACAUCUUUUUCUCUCCAUAUAUGCAUAUAUAUACACAUAUAUUAUAUACACACAGUAUUGCUCUAUACAAAUUAAAAAAAUAAUACAUUUGAUAUUUUUGUCUGUCAUUCCGUAAUCAGAGAUCUCUGAUUUCCAGUAUAAAAAUUGUAUUAAUUAUAUUACACAUUAGUAUUUUUCAUCGAUAAACUAUUUUUAUGAGACUAGGGAAAAUGCUUAUUUCAAAAGUUUGGAUUGUUUAUAUUCAUGGCUAUCCAACCACAGUUAUAUUGUCUACCCUCUUUGGUCACUUUGCUGUGACUAGUUAGAUUUAUUUUUCAGCUAUAAAUAGUUUCUGGUGUUCCAGAUUUGAAUUUCAAUUAUUUUUCUAUGUUAAUUUCUGCCAUAGAAACCACCUCUCCUAUAGGAGAGCAACAACUUUUACAAAUCUGUUAUGGCAACAUGCAAUAGAAUGUGGAAGUGCAUGUAUAUGUAAGUGGGUAUCACAUCCUCUGAGUUUUCUAUUAAAGAAUCCUAGAUAGUUUUAGUAGCCUGCGUCUGUAUUUCAGAAACCGUGUUCCUUCCAAACAAAUUAAAUGCUACUUUAAAAU